AUGAUUCUUUAUCUUUUUAAAGGGAAUGUUGAUGCAGAUGUGUUGACGGCAUUCUUCACAGAGAAACAUGUUUCGGCAGGCGAAAACGUGACACUGUCCUGCAACUACACUGGCUAUGUAAAUAAUCUACAGUGGUACCGUCAGUAUCCCAGAUCCAAACCUCAGUUUCUCGUUCUUCACACUGAGCUCAGUGGUCAGUCAGAGUUUGGUCUGUACGCCGCGGCUGAUAAAGAAGUUAAACGUAUGGAUCUGAGUAUCUUCUCUACACAAGUGACAGAUUCAGUGUAUUACUGCGCCCUGAAACCCACAGUGACAAGAAACAAACACGCUGUAGAAAAACCUGCCCACAGCCGACAUCACACACGUUUGCACAGAAGUGAUGCUAAUGUGAAUCCUAUCAGACCAGACAACACAUCUGUGUGUAUAACUGAAGGACACAACAUCACUCUGUCCUGUACAUAUGAUGGAUCAGCUAAAAGUCUUCACUGGUACAGGCAGACGUCUGGAUCAACACCACAGUUUCUAGUGCUUAUUAUGGAGUCCUCUAAAUAUAUCACCAAAUCUACUCCACCACAAGCACACAUGAGCAUCAGUCUUCAUGAUAAACAUGUGUAUCUGGAGAUCUCCUCUGUUAAAGUCACAGACUCUGAUCUGUAUUACUGCGCCCUGCAGCCCACAAAACCUGGAUCCAAUCUGGAGUUUCUACUAAUGAUUGAUGAAGCUUCUGAAUAUGUGACAGAAGCCAAUCCACCUCAUCUGCGUCUGUCAAUCAAACUUCAUAAAGCAAAGAAACGUGUUACACUUGAAAUAUCUUCCGCAGCAGUGAGAGAUUCUGCGGUGUAUUAUUGUGCUCUGAGGCCCACAGUAACAGGAAACACAUGUACACUGUACAAAAACCUACAAAACCUCCAUGUAACAAUUCCUUUGCAAUAUACAGAAUUGCAAAUAAACUGCUUUUUAUUUUGUGAUGCUGUCUUGAGUUUUUCUUUUCAGUGUCAUACUGGCCUCCCUCAUAAGGAGUGGACUGCGCAUCAGACAUCACCAAUCUAGCAAGUUGUUCUUGCUCACUUGUGGACCACAACAUGUUAGUUUUCUGGCUAAGUCUCCGUCCCAGAUC